AUGUCCGAACCUACAGCGACCCAACACCAUCCCAAGUUCCAAACUCGCAAGCCAGAGCAAGAUGCCGUCGACUACGAAAUGCAGACAUAUACGCGCGGACUGGACUUUGAACGCCCACCGCUCACCUUCCAGGCUGACAAAUGGGAAGAGCUGGCCUGCAGUCGCAUGUCAGCCGACUCAAAAGGCUACGUAUACGGAUCCGCCGGCGUACGGGAGACCACAGACAAGAACCGCAGUGCCUUUAGAAGAUGGUCGAUUGUACCCAACCGCCUAGUCAGGUACGACGGCUUCCCUGACCUGACAUCCGAGAUCUUUGGGGAGAAGAUGGUAGCACCCAUCGCCAUGGCGCCCGUCGGUGUACUCAAAAUCUUCAACCCAGAAGGCGAGGUCGCGGCUGCAAAAGCAGCAGCCAAAGAAGCCAUCCCGUACAUCCUAAGUACGGCAAGUAGUACGAGUAUAGAAGAUACUGCCGCAGCCAACGGCCCCAACAGUCAACGCUGGUACCAACUCUACUGGCCGUCACGCGAACACGACGACAUCACCAUUUCGCUACUUGAACGCGCAAAGAACGCCGGCUUUACAGCUCUGUUUGUAACUCUAGAUACGUACAUCCUCGGAUGGAGACCCGAAGACAUGGACAACGGAUACAACCCCUUCAUGCGCGCCGACCGCACAGGCGUAGAACUUGGCAUGACGGAUCCUGUGUUCCGGAAACAGUUCAAAGCGAGACAUGGCGUGGAUGUAGAACGAAAGAUGGAGGCUGCGGCGCCAGAAUGGAUGAGGACGAUUUUCCCGGGCGAGAGCCAUAGUUGGGAGGAUGUCGAGUUUCUCCAGAAACACUGGCAUGGGCCGAUUGUGCUCAAGGGCAUUCAGAGCUUGGCUGAUGCGAGGAAGGCGGUGGAAAUUGGCGUGCAGGGCGUCGUUGUGAGUAACCAUGGGGGCAGGCAGCUCGAUGGAGGGAAUUCGUCGUUGGGCGUGCUGCCACAUAUUGUUGAUGCUGUUGGGGAUAGGUUGACCAUUUUCUUCGACAGCGGGAUACAAUCGGGUGCUGACAUUGCCAAGGCCAUGGCGCUAGGAGCCGACUGCGUGCUGAUUGGUAGGCCGUAUGUGUAUGGUCUGGCGCUUGGAGGAGAGAAAGGCGUGGAGCAUGUGCUCAAGAGUCUGGUGGGUGAGCUCGAGUUGACAUUGCAUUUGAGCGGCAUCCCGAGCGUGCAAAAGAAGGAUUUGAAUCGCGCCGUGCUCGUUAGAGAGGAGGCGCUUUUCGAAAGUGUGAAGGGGGUGGGAUUGCGUUAG